AUGAAAGUAGCUCAAAGCCAGCAAAAAAGUUAUACUGAUAAUCGCCAAUGCGAGUUAGAAUUUGAGGUCGAGAACAAAGUAAUUUUGAGGAUAACACCAAUGAAAGGAGUUAUGAGGUUUGGGAAAAAGGGCAAGUUUAGCCCAAGAUAUAUCGGGUCCUUUGAGAUUCUUGAUUGGGUUGGACCGGUGGCUUAUAGGGUAGCAUUCCCACCUUCUCUUGUGGGGGUGCAUAAUGUAUUUCAUGUUUCCAUGUGGAGGAAGUAUGUCCCUGACCCCACUCACAUUCUUGACUAUGAGCCAUUGCAAAUUCAAGAAGAUUUGAUUUAUGCUGAAGAACCAAUGCAAAUCUUAGAAAAUAAAGCACAUGUAUUAUGGACUCGAACCAUUCCUAUGGUUAAGGUGUUAUGGAAUAAUCAAGUUGCAAAUGACGCAUCUUGGGAACUUGAAGAAGAGAUGUGA